AUGCCUGCUUGCGGGCGGACAGCGGUGACACCCGCGGGCGCCACCCCUACCCUAUUGAGGGUGCCGUCUUUGGACCUCUCACCACCAUGCGGGAACCCUCGCCUCGGCCUUCUUGGGGUCUUCCGCUGGUGCUCGCCCGACGUUGGGGCUCUGAAGGUUGGGGCUGCUGGGUUGGUGGGUCGGCGGACGACAAGAGGUCUUCGGAGGAAACUUUGCUUGGUUGGUACUAGGCGGGCGGCGACGACUUUUCGACGUCGUUUCUCCUUCUUGAAGGCGCGGCCCAGAAGACCUCUAGUUUGUGUGUUCGUCGGCGUUGUGGAGGCUCUUUGUCACUCCGCUUGGCUCGGUGGUGGCGAGGCCAUUGUCGCUUUCGGCGUCUGCUUGCUCCCGGAGUUCGGCGUUGUGAAUCUUUGCUCGUGGCGAAGAAUCGAAGCUGCCUCGUGUGGGGUGUGCGAGGCUUGGCAACAAUGGCGCGUCGUGUUCUUAUUCCUUGCGUCGGUGUCUAGAUUUAGGCGUCGUCGAGUUGCUUUGGCAGUGUGCGGCUCGUCUUGGGGAGUUGGAGCUGCUCGUCCCUUGUUUGAGCUUGGCAACGAUGACUCUAGAUGUGUUUGUGUGUGUGAGGCUGUCGUUGUCUAG